AUGGAACUGAAAGAAGUUGUUGGGCUGAUGAAGACUGUCACACACUUUGGACCUUGCUGUGAAAACUUAGUAAAGGAGUUUGUGGUGACUAUCCCUAAUGGGUGUGGUGAUACAAAGAGUGUUGACUAUGGUAAAGUUUAUGUGAGAGGAAAUGUUGUAACAUUCUUCCUAACUAUGAUCAAUAAAUUUCUAGGAAGAACAGAUGAACCUCAAGUUGAGCUGGAAGUUAUGGAUGAUCAAGUGUGUAAAGAGAUCAUGGCCAAGCAGGUUAGACAUUGGCCAAACAAAGGGAAGUUGUCUGCUGGUGAGCUAAGUCUAAAAUAUGUCAUCCUUCAUAGGAUUGGUACUUCUAAUUGGGUGCCCACUAAUCAUACCUCAACAAUCUCUACUUGUCCAAGUAAAUUUAUUUAUGUUGUUGGUACAAAAAGAGUGUUUGACUUUCGAAAAUACAUCUUUGAACAAGUGUCGAAACAAGCCUUCUCUACUGCUGUAAAAAUGCCCAUCUGUUGUCCAUCCCUCAUCUGUGGAACCAUCCUGAAUCAACAUCCUGGUAUCUUGCUACCCAUUGACAGAGUGAAGAAAAGGGAUUCUCCCUUAUCACUCCACUACAAACUCUUUGUAGGAACUCAUGUCCCAGACAUUGUUAUAACAUCCUCUCAGGCACCUGGCCCUGCCACAUCCAAGAAGAGUGUCAUUGCUCAACUGAAGGAAACUUGUAAAAAGCUGGAAGAUCCCAUCAGAUCUAGCACUGUAACAAAGAUUAAACUGGAGACAUUGAUGAAGGUUAUGAUGGAAGAGGAGAAGAAGGAAGCUAUACAAAGUGGUGAUGUUAAUGAAGGAACUGAUGAUGAAGAUUAUACUGGUGAAGAUGAUGUUGAUGAAGAGAAAGAAGAUGAAGGAGAAGAGUAUACAACAGCUGACUCAGAUAGUCAGGAAGAUAUCUGA